GGGGCGUGGCCUAGUCUCCGUUAUCUAUCUACAGGAAGGCAGACAUGGCGGAGCAGGAGCACAGCGGGCACGGUGCUGUUCGAUGGAGAGCAGAAGCUGGAUGGUGAACUCAUUAGAGGAGGAGUGACAGUGAGCGACUGUUACGAGCUGUGGUGAUCUGCUGAUGGGGGGGACAGGGGGUGCAGUAAUCCAGCCUCGCUCCUGCUGCUCCAUACAGAAGCCUCGAUGGAGGAAUGUGGUGCUGCAACAUGUGCGGUGGUCGAGUCCGGUGGCUCGGGCUGCGGCUCUGUGUUUGCUGACAUUUGGGGUGCUUCUUCCGCUGUGCUGCCAUCGCUGCCUCUACUCCUACUACUUCCUGCGCUCGAUGUACCUGAACUGGAUGAGCGACGUGGCACUGCAGGAGAGCCUUGAGCAAGGACAGCAGGCGCUGAGCUACUGGCAGAGCCUAGCAACUGCUAAAUCUCUGAAGGCUCCUGGAGCAGCGGUUGUUAAGGAACCAGAGCUCUUGGUGACUGUGGUGACUGCCCGCAGGACUGACGGCAGAGACUUCCAUUACCUGCUCCAGGUGAUGCAGCGUCUGGAGCUCCUGCUCCACAUGUGCAGCAGUUCCAAGCCGUGUGCUCAGGUUCUGGUGUGUGAUGUUGAAAGCGGUCCAACUCCGAAUGAGGACGCCGUGCUUCUAGAAAAGCGGUUCUGGGUGGUCCGGCGUAAUCUGGAAGAGAAGCAGAAGAUAUCUGGAUACCUAAACAUGUUUGAGAAGGAAAAGAGGGAUUAUGUGUACUGCCUUCAGAAAGGCUGGGAGUUACUGAAACCCAAGAACAUGGUGGUGCUGGAAGAUGAUGCCCUGCCCACAAUGGACUUUUUCCCUGUUAUUCAGAACCUCCUGGCCCGCCGCUUUGCGCUAAACUCCCUGUAUGUAAAGCUGUACCACCCUGAGCGUCUGCAGCGCUACUGGAACCCGGAGCCAUACCGAAUCCUGGAGUGGGUGGGGCUUGGUUUUGUGGGGGCCACAACAUUUCUGCUGUUGGGUGUGGCUCUGUGCGGCCCCUGGGCUCCACCUCUCUCUCGCCCAGUCCUGCUGUUCCUGGUAUUAUAUGUAAUGGCUGUGGCUGAGCUCGGGGGCCGCCACUACCUAUUGGAGCUCCGGCGCUUUUCCCCGCAACUUUAUUCCAUUUCCCCUGCGACAGAAUGCUGCACCCCAGCUAUGCUCUUUCCUGGCAAUGCAUCCACACGCGUCGCUGCCUUGCUGGACAGAGCCCAGUGCGUCAAGGGCUAUGCCAAAGACAUGGCGCUGUACCAGAUUGCCAGGAACACCCCAGGAGAGAGAGCACACAGUCUGGAGCCGAACCUCAUCACACACAUUGGAGCGUUUUCUUCCGUCAGGGCUAACCCAAUCCAUCCACAACUGCUCUGACUCCACAACUGCCUGGACACCUGCAGCACACCUGAGUUUACUCAAUAAAAGGGCUUAAUCAUCUACUCAUAGCUGCGUUUCAAAGUUUAGGCUGCAGUAGUGGCAGGACAAGUCUAGUAAAGUACCAAUCUCAAAAAAAUACACAUCCAAGUUGUACUCUAAGUUUUUUUUUUAAAUGAAAUUUGUAUUACCAUUAAAAGGGUAUCAAAACAUACAUUUAAUCACAGAAUUUGAUUUUAAAAGUCUUAUAUAAUUAUAUAAUUAUUGCUUACUAAAUAUAUUUAUGGAAACAAUGUAUUAUUUUUUUUUAUUAACUUGAAAUAAACACGAACAUUAAAAUCACCGGUGCAAAUAUCAAAAGGUACACUUAUGUGUAAACAAUGUGACCUACCAGCUUUUUAAGCUAAAAUUAAGUUAUAUUAGUGGCGUCAAUAACUUAAAAUUAAAAUAGUCUAGUAAUCACCACAAUAUUAAAAUCUUGAUUCAUGAUUCAUAAUAAUAGUGUACAAGUUCUCAGAAGUUACUGAAUUUAACUGUAAGCUGUACUGGAGAAAAUAUCAUAAUAUCAGAAUCUUUUCCACCCAAUACAUCAGUGAUUCAGAUCGUUUGAAAAUAAUGUGAAUUCCAAUCACGUGAACGGAUCUGGGACAUCCCUAGAUAAAUCCUCGGUAUGACUGCAUCCUUGAUAGGACUUUUCUUAUAAAAAUGUCUAAAGAUCAAUCGGAUCCUUCAAAGUUUUGUGAACAUUGGCUACAUUUCUCCGCUGCAACAAAGAAUCCUUCAUUUUGAAACAGCCUUCAGUGAUGUAGCGACUGAAAAAAUACAGCCCACCUAGCAUGCAGGCUACACUUUGGAACGCAGCUAUUAUGAAAGCAGAAAGAUGUGAAAUGAGUCCUGUCCUUGAAGUAGGUUGUCAAGAUAAACCUAUGGCCAAUCAGCACUGACAUAUAGAUGUUUAUUAGUUUUAUACUCAUACACUAUAUACACUAUAUGUAUAGAAAUGCUUGGGAGCUUCACCAAAAAUACAUUUCUCCAUGCAAAGGUUCAAUUUGCUAGAAUUUUCUAGAAUCUUGUUUUUUUUCUUCUUCUUUUAGGACCAGUAAGGGAUUGAAUAGAAUUCAGCAGUUGUAUUAAACUGAUGUAUGAUGAAAAUGGUUGAUUUUGUUCCCACCAAAUGUCUGACUAAUCAAUAAACAGAAAUGUGUUUUUUAACCAAUCCAAAAAAACUGUGAUGGGGUGCAACAGCAGUUGGGCAAGGUGUGAAACCAGUGUAAAAAAAAAAUAAAUAAACGGGCAGUAGUCCUCCACCUUAACGCAUGUUCCCAUGCUUGGGUACCUUUCAGUAAGGUUCCUCCUGUCUCUGUGAGCAAUUAGAGCUUCGCCCUCUGUGGCAUCCAUCAGUUUUCAUUACCUGCUCCCAAAACCCAGCUCAAGAGAUCUGUCCUUCAUUGCAGUUUCAGUAUUCCUACUUUUACUAAUUGAGUUCCUAAAACAGCAACAUCAAGUGGCACACAGAGAAACCUAAUAAAGAUGUGAACCAUGUCAAUCAGAUUGGGUUUGGUGAUACACUCCAUUCUGGAGAAACCUAUUAAGUCAGAAUUGUUCACAGUGGUGGUGAAUGGAAGGAGAUAUCUGAACCUCUAAAAGCGCUCUAACAGACAAGCAUUGUUCCAUAUUAUUAUAAAUACACUGCCUGAUGCCUAAGACACUGUUGCAUAAUAGUUAUGGGAAUUUAUAAGGUUUAAACUUGUUUUAUACCAAACAUGCACUCUAAUCUCUGAAGAGGUGACCCACUGACACUUAUCUGGAACAGUGUGUAAAACUACCUCCACCAUGUUUGUCAGCUGUACUUGUACAGCUUGAUGAGCUCUUAAUGAGCUGUUGAUCUGCUUAAAACAUUAUCCAUUGCUCUCAUUCACUACCAAGAGACAUACAAUCUGGCAUCAUACAUACUCACCUUUAAAAAACAAGAUAAUCAGUCUUUAGGAGGCAAAAAUGUGCCUGAUUCAUUAAGUGAUGUAACUAGUGGGACCUGAGAAGAUUACCAAACUACAAGUUUAAAUAUAGAAUACUGCUAUGUGAAGUGUGUGUAAAGUGUGUUUUGGAGUAAUAGACACGCCUUUAGUCAGGUUUUUGGUUUGACCUUUGCCUUUUAGUUUCUGUAAUUUCCUUAAGGAAUGUGAUUUUAUGGUUUUAAAGGGUUUGUUUCUGUUAUUCUUUCUGUAAUGAUUACACACUGGUGGUUUUGGGCCUUGUGUAUUCACAUCUCUUUGUUUAUUUUUUUGUUUUGUUUUUUUGUGAUUCACAUAACUGGAUGAAACUGUAAUUUACCUGUCUGAUAAACCACAGAGUGUCUUUCCUUGGUCAGUGCUUACUGACCAAUCACCUUGGAGAGAAAAUGUCAGCCGACUUUCUGCCAAAGCAAAUGCACUUAAUUAAUUACCGGUAUAUUUACAUGUACCUUUAAUUUUUUGCAGAAUACAAUCCUCAUUCUUAUAUUCUUAUCAUUACUUUUUUGUUGUUGAUGUAGUAGUUGUAGCAUGAGUUACAUUUCUAGUUAUUUAAAGUGAAACAUGAUCAAUCAAUAAAAUCAGCCUAACUUAAGGCCCCCUGGUGGUUUAUGAUGCAGGCUAAGACUGUGGCCUUAUUUAAACUUAAUUAAAGAUUAAAAGGGAAUGUAUAAUUGUGAGUUGCUGACUCUUAUGUGGGUUGGAUCAGUUCUUCAGAACUUCCAAUAUUUGUGCUAAAACUCCACAGCAUGUUAUUGAUUUAUUUGUUUUGAAAAAAAAAUGAGGAACAUAAUUAUAUGAUAAUUAUAAGCUUCAUGACAUCAGCUGCUGUUAUUUUCCUGAUAAUUAUAUUUUCCUGAUAGUAAUUUUUGAUCAGUGACUCUUUUUUGAUAUAUACAGCUCUGGAAAAAAUUAAAAGACCACUUCAGUUUCUGAAUCAGUUUAUCUGAUUUUACUAUUUAUAGGUAUAUGGUUAAGUAAAAUGAACAUUGUUAUAUUAUUCUAUAAAUCACGGACAACAUUUGUCCCAAAUUCCAAAUAGAAAUAUUGUCAUUUAAAGCAUUUGUAUGAAAGAAAUGGCUAAAAUAACAAAAAAGAUGCAGAGCUUUCAGACCUCAAAUAAUUCAAAGAAAACUAAUUCAUAUUCAUAAUGUGUUAGGAGUUCAGAAAUCAAUAUUUGGUGGAACACCCCUGGUUUGUAAUCAUAGUGAUCAUGCCAAUCAUAUCGUGGCAUGUUCUACUCCACCAGUCUUACACACUGCUUUUGGAUAUGCCACUCCUGGUGCAAAAACUCACAGCUUGGUUUGAUUGCCUGUGAUCAUCUAUCUUCCUCUUUAUGAUAUUCCAGAGGUUUUCAAUUUGGGAAAAUCAAAGAAACUCAUAAUGUUUUAUUUCUUUUUUUCCAGAGCUGUAUAUAUUUAUAUAAUUCUGAAUGUAAUUAGGUCAGCAUAGAUCCACAGCUGUAAAGUUUACAUAACAAAUAAAACUGUAAAAUUUACUGAAA